UAUCACGAGAAAAACUUGAUCUUAAUAACGUGACACCUACAGAACUUUAUAAAAUGACACCACAAGAAAUACGUAAUUAUAUGUUUACAUUUCUAAUGGGAACAUUAUUAAAAAAUGGUAACCUUAAUGAAGCAUUAAUAGUUUUACAUCAUAUGACGAAUAAUGAAACGCCAUUAAGUAAGGAAACAUAUAAUGGAAUAAUAAAGAGCUUGUGUCGCAAGAAAAUGUCAAAAGUAGCAUUGGAAACCAUUGAAAAAUUUCAAGAACACGGGUUUCAUCCUAACGCAGAAACAUUUUUACCUGUUUAUUAUUCACUUAAAAAACAAGGAAAUAUUGAAGAAUUUAUUAGGUUACAUCGAUUAAUGAGGGAUAAGAAUGUGCUCUUAAAAGGAUAA